AUGUUCAAGACCAAGAGUACUAGGCUCCCGGCAAACCAGUGCCCGCCUCCUGGUUGUCAAUCUGUGGUGGGAGAGGUGGGCCAAGGGCUGAACUUCGACGAGUUCGUGGUGUACAAUGAGGAGGCCGCUCUGCCAACUCACCUCAUCGUGUAUGCUCUUCGGCACUAA